UAGUUUAAAUUGAUCCCAAAAUGCGCCCAGUUCAUACUGUUUGCCUGCUAUUCCUGCUGCUCGGUGCAGCUGUAAGCUCUGCGGCGGCGCAGAAGGGUCGACUGCUGGAUGGCCAGGCGGCUGCUGUUGGCUCCCAUCCCUACAGCGUCUCGCUGCAGCGAAAUGGCGCCCACAUCUGCGGAGGGGCUCUGAUCAGCAACAAGGUCUGCCUGACCGCCGCUCAUUGCGUCACCGUCGGCGGCAUUGAAAGCUAUCCGGCACGCAGUUUCUUGGUGCGCGCGGGCAGCAUUCAGCGUGUGGCUGGAGGUCAGCUGGCCCAGGUGGCUCGCAUAGUGGUGCACCAGGACUAUGCGAACGGACUUAAUGAUCUGGCUCUGGUUGUUCUCGAGCAGGCCCUGACCCUGAACGCCAAUACACAGCCCAUUGCUCUGGCUAGCCAAGCACCGCCCGCCGGCGCGGAGAUCACCUACACCGGAUGGGGUGCCAUAAGCAACCAGGGCACGCUUAGCCAACGCCUGCUGGUGGGCAGCCGCCAGACAAUUAGUGCAGCCGACUGCCAGAAGCAGCUAUACAUAGAUGACGAGGGACUCUUGUGCCUGGUCUCAGCAUCAGAGACGUCCUCCAACGGCAUCUGUCAUGGCGAUGCCGGUGCACCGGCUGUCUAUCAGGAUGAGCUGGUUGCCAUUGGCGGCUUCUAUGCUGACGUUUGCGGCAGUUCCCUGCCCAAUGGAUUUAUGAGUGUUGUCCACUACCUAGACUGGAUUAAGGCCAAUAUGUAAAACAUCUCGCCAUUUGCACCCUUCAAUUCGAUUGAUCUGCAGUCGGUUCCACGACCUAUGCACGAUAUUAUCCGACGCUCCAUGUGCCAACACGAAGGCUUUCUUUUGAUAUACUUUUCAUAUAAGAUUCUUAAAAUAAAAUUUACUCGCUGCUCGAUACCCAAUUUAGGUUCAAGCAAGAUCGUGUGAGUUACCAACAAAAUA